AUUGAUUUUCCAUUUUUUCUUUUUCCUUCCCUUCUUUUUCCCAGGAAAAGACCAAACCUGUGAGACCGACUCUUCAUCCAUCCCUCUUUUUUACCCUGUCCCCUCUUCUCUUUCUCAUCUUCUCUUUCGGCUAACUCAAAUCUGUCAUUGCGUAGAAGGAGAUAACUUCGCUCAAGUUUAUGAUCUCCAGACUCAUCGACCUCUUCGUCUCAAAAAUCCGAGAUUUUUGACCGAGAGUGAUAACGAACAGCAGCACUCUCGACUCCCUCUCUCCAACUUGACAAACUCUCUAUCGAUUCAAUGAAGAAAUCCGGUUGAGAAGUUUUACUCACCUCGGUCGCAAGUUUCCAAUAUUUGCUUUUGCGUUCUCCUUCCUCGUAUUUCUUCGCGGUUGAAUCGCCAAUGGAGGGAAUCACCGACGAGCCACAGCGGCAGAGAUUUGAGCAGGGCUACAGGCUCGUCGCUGGCUGCAUACCGUAUCGGCUCAAGAAAGGAGGCUCCACUCCCCACGCUGUUGUUGACAAUGUCCGAAUUCUCAUGAUCAGUUCGCUCAAUGGCCAUGGCCUCGUCUUUCCAAAGGGAGGCUGGGAGUUUGAUGAGACUGUCGAGGACGCAGCUUGCCGAGAGGCUGCCGAAGAAGCCGGCGUUCGAGGCCAGAUCAAGGAAGAGCUCGGUCACUGGAUCUUUGCGAGCAAACGCCACGACAUGGUGUGCACCAAAGGCAACUGCAAGGCAUACAUGUUUGCAUUAGAAGUGACUCAAGAGCUCGAGACCUGGCCCGAGCAGGAGGCUCGACGUCGUCAAUGGUUCACAAUUGCCACCGCCAUUGAGAAAGUUCGUCACGCCUGGAUGCGCGAAGCUCUGGAGAAGUGCCGGGAGUAUUUGCAACAGCAAAUCCGCGAUCAACUGCAACCGACCCCGACAGAACGGGACGCCUCUAACAAGUGUAACAUAAUGGAGCGUCUCAAGCAGGCAGGACACCCAGAUCCUAUGCUGGAUCUUGUGGAAGUUGUAGCAUGCAUUGUCAACUAACGAACGUUUGAGAAGAAGAAGGUCACCCCCUUUCCCCCUUUUUUUUCUCCAAGAUGGAUCGAUAACUCAAGACAAUAAGAUGGAUCACAGGCAUGCAA